UCCCCCCCCCCCCCCCCGCCUUUCCAAUUCCUGCCUUCCGGAGAGCUCGCUCGCUUCUCCCCGCGUUCCUGCAUGACUGUCACCAAGAGCGCUCUCGCCGAGGCCAUGAGGGAGCUGCGCAAGCCUAGCGUGGCGGGGAGCAAGCCCGGCAGCCUGAUGUCAUGGCGCCCGCAGUAUCGCAGCUCCAAGUUCCGCAACGUCUACGGCAAGGUGGCCAGCCGGGAGCACUGCUUUGACGGGAUCCCCAUCACCAAGAACGUGCACGACAACCACUUCUGCGCCGUCAACGCCCGCUUCCUCGCCAUCGUCACGGAGAGCGCCGGCGGGGGCUCCUUCCUCGUCAUCCCGCUGGAGCAGACCGGUCGGAUCGAGCCGAACUACCCCAAAGUGUGCGGCCACCAGGGCAACGUGCUCGACAUCAAGUGGAAUCCCUUCAUCGAAAACAUCAUCGCUUCGUGCUCCGAAGACACGUCCGUGCGGAUCUGGGAGAUCCCCGAGGGCGGCCUGAAGCGCAACAUGACGGAGGCGGUGCUGGAGCUGUACGGGCACAGCCGGCGCGUGGGCCUCGUCGAGUGGCACCCCACCACCAACAACAUCCUCUUCAGCGCCGGCUACGACUACAAGGUGCUCAUCUGGAACCUGGACAUCGGGGAGCCGGUGAAGAUGAUCGACUGCCACGCGGACGUCAUCCUCUGCAUGUCCUUCAACGCCGACGGCAGCCUGCUGGCCACCACCUGCAAGGACAAGCGGCUGCGCGUGGUGGAGCCGCGCUCGGGCCGGGUGCUGCAGGAGGCCAGCUGCAAGAACCACCGCGUGAACCGCGUCGUCUUCCUGGGCAGCACCAAGCGGCUGCUCACCACGGGCGUCUCGCGCUGGAACACGCGGCAGAUCGCCCUCUGGGACCAGGAAGACCUGUCCAUGCCGCUCAUCGAGGAGGAGAUCGACGGGCUCUCGGGCCUCCUCUUCCCCUUCUACGACGCGGACACGCACAUGCUCUACCUGGCCGGCAAGGGAGACGGCAACAUCCGCUACUACGAGAUCGGCUCGGAAAAGCCCUACCUGAGCUACCUGAUGGAGUUUCGCUCCCCCGCGCCGCAGAAAGGCCUGGGGGUGAUGCCGAAGCACGGGCUGGACGUGUCGGCCUGCGAGGUCUUCCGCUUCUACAAGCUCGUCACCCUCAAGGGCCUCAUCGAGCCCAUCUCCAUGAUCGUGCCGCGGCGGUCGGAGACCUACCAGGAGGACAUUUACCCCAUGACUCCGGGCACGGAGCCGGCGCUGACGCCGGACGAGUGGCUGAGCGGGAUGAACAGAGAUCCCAUCCUGAUGUCGCUGAAGGAGGGCUACAAGAAGACGGCCAAAAUUGUCUUCAAGGCGCCGGCGCGCGAGAAGAAGAGCGUGGUGGUGAACGGCAUCGACCUGCUGGAGAACGUGCCGCCGCGCACGGAGAACGAGCUGCUCCGCAUGUUCUUCCGGCAGCAGGACGAGAUCCGGCGGCUGAAGGACGAGCUCUCGCAGAAGGACAUACGCAUCCGGCAGCUACAGUUGGAGUUAAAAAAUUUACGUAACAGCCCGAAGAAUAAUUAACUUCCCGGGACGUUUUAUAAAUAAACUGUCUUUGUUUAUACUCGCUCUUUAAUUUUAUUGUAUCCACUUACACAGAAUAUGAGCCAGAAGUCGAGUGACCUGCCAAGAGCCCACAUGCUAACUGGAAAUAUGUCCUUGUAGUCUUGUCUAGCACUAAGAAAAGGCCUCUGCACUAUAGCUGAAAGCUACUGCAUGGAAGGAAGCGGGGUGGGACCUGCACCCCGGCGUUUUUCUUGGAGCAAGUAGAAGAGCCUCGUGUCCUCCGUACGGCACUAACCCAUCGGGCGCAGCUCCGGUUAAACCCGGCACGGGAAAACGCAGCGUGUCCUUGAGCAAGUAAAGAUGGUUUGUCGCUAUUAACUUCUUUCCUAUGCAAAACGUGAGGGCAGAUGCCCCUGGGUACAAAACUGGAAGUUUCCGCUCCACUAGCCCGUUUCCAGAAAGGGCCGAAGUUUGCAAGCGCCCUCGCCGAGAAAGCGGGCAGCGCUGCGGAUUAGCUCGGGUUGCGGGUUAACCCUCCCGCCCGGUCGGGAAAGCCCCUCGCCGGCGCCAAAGGCCCCUCGCCGCUGCACGGCCGCGGGCCGCCCCGGCCCGUCGCUCCGGAGCACCUUCGGGUCCGGUUGUAGGCUGGACCCCACGGAAGGGGUUUGCUCCCGGAGGGGUGCGUGCGUCUGUGCGUGCCCCUGUGCACGUAGCGCGUCAUCUUCUGAUAAAUACGUCCAUGAAAAGACCCUAGGCGCGUGCAACCACGUGCCUGUGAAUUAGGCCUCUCGCACAGGGAAAGACACCAAAUAUUGUUACUUUGCCUAUAUAUAUAUGUGUGCGUGUGUGUAUAUUUUCACGUAAAUCAAGCUGUUAAACUGCCUCGCACCGUCGGUGCAAUGGUUUCUCCUCCCCGUUGAUCUCCAGUGUGCCCAGCACCCACCGCUCUCCCGUCUUUGCGUUCAACAUGCUGUUGCCGGCUCUUAUUUAUGCUGCCACAAAAUAGCGAUGAAAUAAAUGUUUUAAAGAUACCA